CCACAGGGCAACUCUUCUGACACCUGCUCAACAGGAUCUGAUGUCGAAUACGCCAUUAAUCGGCCUCAGCCUCUCUCCAGACGUUACUCAUCGCAAAGCUCUGUGGGUCAGAGGUAUUUCCGUCAUGUCUGUGCAACUCCUGUUAACCAGCACAGACAGGGUAUAGCAGCCAAGCGUAAAAGUGUAUGCGGUUCAGACUCUGAUAAUCUACCGGCCACUCAGCCCUGGAAUGAAGAUCGAACCAGAGAAAUGUCUGUGUGCUCUGGCGAUUGGAUAAUGCCCCAGUCGGAUGAAGACUUAGAGGUUCAGGAAGAAGGAGAAAGAGUGCCAGAGAAUGUCUUCCCGCCAAAGACUAUGAUAGGACAACCGAUAAUUAUCGCGAUCGGCGAACCACGUUGCGCCAAGGUUACCAACACUAACCCAUGCAGUCCAACACACCUCAGGCCUGCUCCCCACGUCCAAGUGGGCAAUGCGGUCAUAAAGAACGUUCAUCGCAAAGAGGAGCCCUCUCACUCCAGCUGCAGAGAAUUUACCCCCUCUUCUAGCUCUUCCACAUUUGGUCAACCUAAAUCUAUUCUCGCCAGACCAAGAAGUAGGUCCAGAUGCGAAGCAUCUGAGCUACGUAAUGCAUAG